CCUCGUUAAAUGUCAAAAGUUCGAAGGUUUAAUUUUUUGCUUGCUCAUUUUGAAUUUAAUCAUCAUUAACGUACCUAAUAUUUUUAUUCAUAAAAUAUUAUUUCACCUUGAUUAUACAUCUAUUGGAUGUGUUACGUAAAAAAAUAAAUUAUGUUAGUUUGGUUCUGAUCUCACUGCGUCACUGUUUUGUGUAGUAUUUUUUUGCCCGUAUUUAAUUACAUUCGUUGUGUGUUUUCCUGUAUAAAUAUUCCAUUGAUUUAUGCAUUAUUAGUUUUUACGAUAUUUAAAGCAUCUGUUUUAUAGAAAUAGCCUUAUUUUGCGUUGUUGUUUUCUCAUUAUAUCGCAGCAUUUGAAAUAAUGGUAGACAAAACAGGAAUUAUAUUAUCUGUGAUCUUACACGUUACUGCGGUGCUGCUGCUGGGCGCGUCGAUAUCCGCGGGGCUGUUUGUGAUCCACGUGGCGGUGGUGCCUCUCAUCUUCAAGUACUGCGAGACCUUCCGGCGGACCAUCGUCUUUCUUAACUUUGUGCAAUGGCCGCUGAAAAUAGACUACGAGGAGCCGGCGAGCUGCGGCGUGGAGGGCGCGCGCAACAUCCGCAUCCAGUACAGCUCCCGGGUCGACGGCUGUCCGGUCAGGAUUGGAAUAUGGCACAUCUUACCAAAAACGGUAUACGAGAGAUUACAAGACAAGUUCAAACUAGUGGACAAGGAGGAACUCAACAAGAUUCUGGACAAGGAACUCGCCAACUCCAAGACGCCUGUGAUAUUAUACUGUCAUGGCAACUCCAACUCGCGCGCCGCCUCGCACAGAAUAUUAUUGUACAGACUUUUCCAAAAAAUGGAUUACCAUACAAUAGCGUUCGACUAUCGAGGUUACGGAGACUCCACCAACCUGACUCCGAGCGAACAAGGCGUGGUGGAGGACUCGCUGGCGGUGUACGGCUGGCUGCACGACACUCUCGACAGCUACAGGGACGGUGAUGAUGUGGCGCCGCCGUUGUUCGUCUGGGGACACUCGCUGGGCACGGGCAUAUCAUCAAAUCUACUCGGCAACCUGGACUCCCUGUCCGCCGAGCUUCAGGACCGCCGCGCCCCGCUGCCGCAGCCUCGCGGACUCAUACUGGAGGCGCCUUUCAACAACAUGGCCGAUGAGGUCGCCAACUACCCUCUCACCAUGUUAGCAAAAUGGCUGCCGUACUACGACUACGCGUUCAUAGCUCCGUUCCGCCAAUCGGAGCGCUUCUCGUUCCGCUCCGACUGCCACCUGUCCAGAGUGAACAGUCUUCCCAUACUCAUCCUGCACGCUAAGGAUGACCAAGUUGUGCCUUAUGUCGUUGGAGAACGGCUGUACCGCACGCUGGUGGCGUCGCGCGCCGGCGCCGGCGCCGCCGUCACUCUGCACUCGUACUCCCGCGACCAGAACCUGGGGCACAAGUACAUCUGUAACGCUCAAGAUCUGCCGCAAGUCGUAGGAGAUUUUGUGAACAGCCACAGAUGAGCUGCGCAAUGAGCUUCGCUUCGUCACAAACUCGUGUCGAGCUUACGUCGAUAUAGUUGUCCAAUUUUAGGGGUCGUUCCACUAGUAUCCGUUCCAUUAUAGACAAUAAUGCAGAUUAAAAUUUCAGAGCUUUGACAACCGCUACGGAAAAUUCUACAUUUACUUGUAAAAUAUUUAAUCGUUUCGAUGUAAAUGUAGAGAAAUGAUUAUUAUCAUAAAUGAUUUCACACUUUCUUUGUACACUUUCUGCAUUCGGUUGUAUAGUUAAAGGUAGCGAUUUCAUAGAAAUCAAAUGUGCCUUAUUUUAUCGC